AGACUCCAGAAUUUGUUUGCCCUCUAGGGUAGAAUCCGCCAAGCUUUGAGAGAAGGCUGUGACUGCUGUGCUCUGGGCGCCAGCUCGCUCCAGGGAGUGAUGGGAAUCCUAUCAUUCUUACCUGUCCUUGCCACUGAGAGUGACUGGGCUGACUGCAAGUCCCCCCAGCCUUGGGGCCAUAUGCUUCUGUGGACAGCUGUGCUAUUCCUGGCUCCUGUUGCUGGGACACCUGCAGCUCCCCCAAAGGCUGUGCUGAAACUCGAACCCCAGUGGAUCAACGUGCUCCAGGAGGACUCUGUGACUCUGACAUGCCGGGGGGCUCACAGCCCUGAGAGCGACUCCACUCGGUGGUUCCACAAUGGGAAUCUCAUCCUCACCCACACGCAGCCCAGCUACAGGUUCAAGGCCAACAACAAUGACAGUGGGGAGUACACGUGCCAGACUGGCCAGACCAGCCUCAGCGACCCUGUGCAUCUGACUGUGCUUUCUGAGUGGCUGGUGCUCCAGACCCCUCACCUGGAGUUCCAAGAGGGAGAAACCAUCGUGCUGAGGUGCCACAGCUGGAAGGACAAGCCUCUGGUCAAGGUCACAUUCUUCCAGAAUGGAAAAUCCAAGAAAUUUUCCCGUUCGGAUCCCAACUUCUCCAUCCCACAAGCAAACCACAGUCACAGUGGUGAUUACCACUGCACAGGAAACAUAGGCUACACGCUGUACUCAUCCAAGCCUGUGACCAUCACUGUCCAAGCGCCCAGCUCUUCACCGAUGGGGAUCAUUGUGGCUGUGGUCACUGGGAUUGCUGUAGCGGCCAUUGUUGCUGCUGUAGUGGCCAUGAUCUACUGCAGGAAAAAGCGGAUUUCAGCUCUCCCAGGAAACCCUGAGUGCAGGGAAAUGGGAGAGACCCUCCCUGAGAAACCAGCCAAUCCCACUAAUCCUGACGAGGCUGACAAAGUUGGGGCUGAGAACACAAUCACCUAUUCACUUCUCAUGCACCCGGAUGCUCUGGAAGAGCCUGAUGACCAGAACCGUAUUUAGUCUCCAUUGUCUUGCAUUGGGAUUUGAGAAGAAAAUCAGAGAGGGAAGAUCUGGUAUUUCCUGGCCUAAAUUCCCCUUGGGGAGGACAGGGAGAUGCUGCAGUUCCAAAAGAGAAGGUUUCUUCCAGAGUCAUCUACCUGAGUCCUGAAGCUCCCUGUCCUGAAAGCCACAGACAAUAUGG